AUGAGAAACCGUGGAGAACUGGAAUUACGAUGUGAAAACGGAAAAAGAGGAACAAAGGUAUGAAAAUAUACCUAUAAAACGGAGUAGAAUUAAUAUUAAAGAAAUCAAUUUCGCAAAGUUGGAAAGUCCGGACGAAUGUGAUCGUGAAAGGAGUGCAAGGUAUAUAAAAAAGAAUAUACCAGAUUGUAUAAAAUGUUCUCACACGUUUGCAUAUAGCGCCGGUUUCGUUCUUCGAAAUGAAACGUCUUCUGCAAGCUUUACCAUACGGUUACGAGGUGUCGAAAGGCGCGAAACGAGGCGAGGGAGCACGCGGUUCGAAAAUCGUGGCACGGCCCUCUCUCGACGACAAGCGACGAUUAUUACGUCGUGCAACGAGUCGAAGCGAAGAUUAAUAUUAACAUCGUGGGAUGACGUGCAAUUUCAAGGUGACGCCGCAUCGAAAUCAAACCUAAUCGUGGACAUCGAGCCAAAACGGCAGACCGCUGUACGACUGGGCGAGAGUCUUCAAAUUUUGUGCAGAGUGGGUAGACCACUUCGGGUCUGCCGCGUGGAAAUACCUGGCGAGGAAGGUGGCAUGGUGUUGUCCAAGGGACAACUGCCUGAAGAUGGUAUCGAGUACUAUGGAGAAGGCACCGAGGCGGGUCAAUGUGGCGUUCGCAUUGCCAAGAUCAAGGAGAGCCACGACGGAGUUUUCAAGUGCACUCUGACGACCACCGAAAGUCGAGCGGAGGCACAGGCAUCCAUGACGAUCAUCGUAGCCAAACCGCCGAACAACCCGGAGCUUCACACCAGUCCCGGGUCCGACGGAAGGAAUAUAUACAGAAAAGGGGAAAAACUGGAAGUGAGUUGUAGCGCGCCAGCCGGACGACCAGCGGCCAACGUUUCUUUGUUCCUUGACGACGAGCCGAUCGGCAACGAGGAGAGACCAACGAUUUACGACUCGAACGUGGACGACAACUCGCUGGCCGUGCAGAACGCGUCGCGUAUCUUGGACUGGACGGACAAUGGCAAAGUUCUCCGAUGCAUCGCCAGCCACAUUGCCCUCGACCGGCCUAAGGAAACGACCAUGCAACUGCAAGUCUACUAUCCUCCUCAACCGCAGCCAACCAUCGAGCGUUUCGGAUACGUAAUUGGACGACAAGGGGUGGUGAACGUGACCGUUUACGCAAAUCCUAGGCCACGUUUCUUAUGGCGAGUGAACAACGAAGUGAUCAACGAGGGUCGUCCAGACGAAAGCAACCGGCUCGAGACCUCGACCGCCACCGAUUUGUGCAAAGCUGAAAGUGAAAAUUCUUGUUUACAGGGAAGAGGAGCGUGGAGCGUGAUUCUGACGAUCGACAGCGUGCAAAAGUCCGACACGGAGAAGGAGUACGUCCUGGAAGCCCGUAACGGCGAAGGGGCUUACGAAUAUCGUAUCAUUUUGUCGACAGCCACAGAACCCGCAGGCGUCGAUUUAGAUGCUGGCUCUAUCAUCGGCAUCGUCGUCGGAGCCCUGGUGCUACUUCUCAUCGUUUUCAUACUAAUUUUUGCUCGCGCGACUGGACGCUGGUGCUUCGCA